GCGGUGGGAAGGCGUAGUUAUGAAGAUUGACAACAAUGCCGCAAUGAGCCACCCAUACGAGGUGGAGUAUUCUUGCAAGGACAGUCGGACCUGGUACGACCUAUCGAGCCUCGACGGGUCACCCUUCGUCACCAACCGCCGAUUUGUUCAAGUUGGAGACGCGGGACAAUGUCCCACUAUCUUCUGGACGUAUAACGACCAGAGCUGCGAGUGGCCGGUCCAGAAGGACUGCCACAACGGCGGUCCGCUGUCGUUCUACCUCUGCUAGAGGGAGUGGCCUUCGAGCUAGUGGGUCAUGAUGUUUUGGUUCGUUGUACAAGUCCACUUAUCGUUUAUUUACUAACACACGGGUAGUAGUAGAGACUGGUAGGGCAUUCUAGUC